CUCUCUUUUCUUUCCUCCUCCUUGUCUCACAGUUUCUCCGCCGUGAGUCGUCGCCUCUCCGCCGCGAUUUGUAGCUUCACGUUGAGUUGGGUAUGUGUCCUUCCUCCGGCUAGGCUAUUGGUUUGUUUCUCACACUAAAACUCUAACUUCUCUCUCUGCCGCCGCUCCCGUUGGUUCCUCAUCCCGUUGGUUCAUCGCUAUCAGCAACUGAUUGGAGUCAUGUUUCUAACAAGAUACUUUGGGAGAACACUUCUUGCUGCUGCUGCUAAAUCAGAGACUCCGGCUGUAGCAGCUGCUGCUGCUUCUUCAGCAAGGACAGAAUACAACCCCCUCGCUGAGUUCUUUGAGGUAGAUCGAAGCACAGAAGAUGAGAAGCCUGUUGUCUAUGGUCGUAGUUGGAAAGCAUCUGAACUGCGCUUGAAGUCUUGGGAUGACCUUCAAAAACUAUGGUAUGUACUUUUGAAGGAGAAAAACAUGCUGAUGACACAACGACAGAUGCUUAAUGCACAAAAUCUCCGCUUUCCUAAUCCGGAGCGUGUUCCCAAGGUGAGGAAGUCAAUGUGUCGUAUCAAGCAAGUACUCACAGAGAGAGCAAUUGAAGAACCUGAUCCCAGGAGGUCUGCUGAGAUGAAGAGGAUGGUAAAUUCCUUGUGAUGGCAUCUAGUUCUCCUUUCUCCAACUAGUCACUAAUGUUUAGGUUGGUGUGCUGUAAUGCUGCCUUAUUUUUGGAAUUUAGAAUAGUAAUCUUUCAGCAAUAUCCCGGUAUCCUAUAUAAUAGAAUGGAGGUACACCUAGCUUCCUGCUUUUAAAUACCAAUAGCUUAUUUUCCCUUUGAGAUUAUUCUUGUAUGGCUGGAAAGUUUGUGUUUUGAGGAUAGGUUUAUGAAUAGGGGGUUUGUCUUGGAGGAGGAUAUUCAGUUUUUUUCUUUAUCAUACAAAUAAUUAUAUAUAUAUAUAUAUAUAUAUUUCUUUACCUCCA